GCGGAGCAGUGUUCUCCGAGGAAAUUCAAAAGUGUAAACAGUGAGCGGAAAGGACAGAAGUAACGGGAGUCAAAGCAACAUGAAAACUCACAGCCUCUCAUUUUCUGCGACGUUCCUAGCUGCUUAUUUACUACUUUGUGCUGUUUUAACAGUGAGGGGAGAUUACUGUGAGGUGAACCACUGCCUCAAUGGAGGAACCUGUGUGACCGGGAUUGGGGACGGCCCCUUUGUCUGCAUCUGCGCCGAUGGCUUCACCGGGGACACGUGCAACGCCACCGAGAGCGGGCCCUGCAAUCCAAACCCCUGCAAAAAUGAUGGAAAGUGUGAGGUCAUCAGCCACUCCCGCCGAGGGGACGUCUUCGGCGAAUAUGUCUGCAAGUGUCGAGCGGGCUUUGAUGGAGUGCACUGCCAAAACAAUGUAAACGACUGCGCUGGACAGCCGUGUAAGAACGGAGGGGUCUGCCGUGAUUUGGAUGGAGACUAUACCUGCAAGUGCCGCUCACCCUUUGUCGGCAAGCAGUGCCAGCUACGAUGCAUCUCUUUGCUGGGGAUGGAAGGGGGAGGGAUUGCAGAGUCUCAGAUCACCGCCUCCUCUGUGCACUACGGCAUCCUGGGACUUCAGCGAUGGGGCCCAGAGCUCGCCCGCCUCAACAACAAGGGCAUCGUCAAUGCCUGGACUGCCGCAAGUCACGACAAAAUGCCCUGGAUCGAGGUAAACAUGCAGGAAAAGAUGCGUCUCACAGGUAUUAUUACCCAGGGGGCCAGUCGCAUGGGCAGCCCGGAGUUCAUCAAAUCUUAUAAGGUGGCAUCCAGCCUGGAUGGCAAGGCCUACACUGUCUACAAGGAGGAAGGGCAGAAGAAGGACAAGGUGUUUGUGGGGAACGUGGACAACGACGGCACCAAGACCAACAUGUUCGACCCGCCCAUCGUGGCGCAGUACAUCCGCAUCAUCCCCGUGGUGUGCCGCAAGGCCUGCACGCUGCGCAUGGAGCUGGUGGGCUGCGAGCUCAACGUGUAUUUAAACACGGCAGGUUGCUCUGAGCCGCUGGGAAUGAAGUCCCGUCUGAUCUCAGACAGCCAGGUCACAGCCUCUAGUGCCUUCCGCACCUGGGGCAUUGACGCCUUCACCUGGCUGCCCCACUACGCCCGCCUAGACAAGCAGGGCAAGACCAACGCCUGGACCGCGGCCAGCAACAACCGCUCCGAGUGGCUGCAGGUGGACUUGGAGACCCCUAAACGGAUCACAGGCAUCAUCACGCAGGGGGCCAAAGACUUUGGCGUCGUGCAGUUCGUGUCUGCCUUCAAAGUGGCGUACAGCGACGACGGCCACGCCUGGACCGUGUACAAGGACGAGAAAACACGGAAAGAUAAGAUUUUCCAAGGCAACAUCGACAACAACGUGCAUAAAAAGAACGCUUUCGAGCCGCCCUUCUACGCCCGCUUCGUGCGCGUCCUCCCGUGGGAGUGGCACGAGCGCAUCACCCUGCGCAUGGAGCUCCUGGGCUGCGACGACUAAAGCCCCUCCCACCCGAGCCUCCCACACUGCGCCUCGCCACGCCCCCCUCUCCGAGCUCCACCUACCUGCUGCGCCUGCACUGCCUCGUCUACAGCUACAGGGGGCAGCAACACGCCUCACAACUCUUUCAAUCCCUUGUAGAGGUUGUCCUGGCUGAGCACCGUAACUAAAUGAGUUGUCCCCUAUAGAUCGUUGUACUAAAUCUGUAAUCCCAUGGUAAAUGAUAAGCAUGCAGUGAAUAUUGUGACCACCGAAAUGUCUUGUACUCUGUGGAUUUUACCCCGACUUAGUCACCCAGUUUGUUGCCUAUGUGAAAAUCCAUUAUUUCAUGCUUCGUAUUUCAUAUCUGAGUGAUGAUGCAGUGCUUUUAAUGUAGAAGUGUUAUUGAAAAAGUUGUAUUUUGUGAUAAUUUAGACAGAUUUACCAUAAGGUAUACAAGACAGGGGGUGUUGCAGAUAUGAUGGAAUUUUGAAUUACAGUUCUGGCAUAACACUGCCAGAUCAAUUUACUCAGGUCUAGACAAAUCCAUUGCUAUCUCCUGCUGAUGUAUUUACUAUCUAUCAUAGGUGUAGAAGAGACCAGGCACUACUGCUAAUUCUUAUUGUGAUUUUAACUAAUUACAGCUUUUUCCUGCUGCAGUGUUAUAAUAUGGUUAUUAGUAUAUACUAAGCCAUAGUAUGACUAAAGGCCAUGGUAUUACUAAACUAGAAUAUAGUUUUGCUUUUAAGCCCAGAUUUUGUUUUAAUAAUUGUUUUACAUCUACAAAGAUGGGUACACUUUGAUUGAUGUUGGUUCCAGAGGUAGUUGCACAAGACAUCUGAGUGAUCUCUGAGUGCUAACAGCAGCUUGGAUUUAGUCAAGUGUUAUUAAUAUAUCUUAAUAAACCCAUAAUACAUAUAAUUUGCUAAUGCAAAGAAAAGAUUGGUAUUUAUUAUUUCAAAGACUGUUAGACAUAUCUUCCAAUCAAGUGCCAUUGAUAAAAAGAUAGACCUUUAAAAAGGAGUUAAAUGUAUUUAUUAAUUGGCAUCCAAAAGUCAUUAUAUUUUCCUUCUUUGAAAUAAAAAAGGAUAUAAAAUAUUGGCCUAUGAUGCCCGUUCUUUUUUGUAAUAAUAGAGACAGGGAGAAUUAACUUGCACAGUCUGAAAAAGAAUAUAAAAUUUUUGCUGUGCCCCUUGAGUCAUAUCUUUUCUGAAUAUCAUUUUUAAUGCAUUUUUUUUCCUUCUCAAGUGAAAAAGCAGAAGUUUAGUUGAGCUCACUCACCUCUGUGCUUCCAGCCUCCGCUCUCUGUCAGAUCUACCAGUUCCAACUCGUCUGGCAUGCUGGGACCCCGACUGGGAGUCGCCCUGCCGACACACGGCUCUGACCCCAGCGUGCGCCUCUGUUCCAGCAUGGCCAUGAUCACCUGAUAUUCACACCCCUCUGUCACGGGGUACACCGAGGACAACAGAGCCGCCUCAAACCCCCCCCCC